UCAACGCUGUUAUGCAAGAGUUCAGCUACAAAGCAGUAGUCAGCCGUGGCACGCUAAUCAGUUUAUGGUCUAACAUAAGCAGACACUCGGUGUGUUUUGUUUAAGCGUGUAAAACAAUUCCAGUUUUUCCUCAUCUCGCUGGCUUUUCUGCCGGCAGUUAGGGUUGAGCGCAGCCAUGGCAGGGGACGGGAUCGAUCAGCGGGCUCUACAGUAUGAACAAACUUUGAUGUAUGGCAGGUACACCCAGGAGCUCGGGGUGUACGCCAAAGAGGAGGCGGCGCGUCUGCGGGAGGAGGGGGGCCUGCGGCGCUCCAUCAGCGAGCGCAGCCGCUCCGCCGAGCUGCUGGAAUACGACAAGGGCCGCUGCGCCAAGUGCCGGAGGUAUCCCUACGCCCUGGAACCUCCUCAGGACUUUCUCUCUGUCUGCACAGUGCGAUGUCAGAAGUUCCUGAUCUCACGCGUGGGUGAAGACUGGAUCUUCCUAAUCCUCCUGGGCCUCGUAAUGGCGCUGGUCAGCUGGGUGGUAGAUUUCGCUAUCGCCAUCUGUCUGCAAGCACAGAAGUGGAUGUACGGGGGGCUGGACAGUAAUGUUUUCCUGCAGUACCUGGCCUGGGUUACCUACCCUGUGGUCCUCAUCACCUUCUCUGCUGGCUUCACACAGAUACUGGCUCCACAGGCAGUAGGUUCGGGAAUCCCGGAGAUGAAGACCAUUCUUCGGGGUGUGGUGCUUAAAGAAUACCUCACAUUCAAAACCUUUGUGGCCAAAGUCAUCGGUCUGACGUGUGCCCUGGGCAGCGGCAUGCCACUGGGCAAAGAGGGUCCCUUUGUGCACAUUGCCAGCCUUUGUGCAGCACUACUGAGCAAGUUCAUGUCCCUCUUUGGCGGGAUAUACGAGAACGAGUCACGGAACAUUGAGAUGCUGGCAGCUGCCUGCGCAGUUGGGGUAGGCUGCUGCUUUGCUGCCCCUAUCGGAGGUGUACUAUUCAGUAUUGAAGUAACCUCCACCUUCUUCGCCGUGAGGAACUACUGGAGAGGCUUUUUCGCUGCCACAUUCAGUGCCUUCAUCUUCCGCGUGCUGGCCGUGUGGAACAGAGAUGAGGAGACCAUCACCGCUCUGUUCAAAACCCGCUUCCGUCUGGACUUCCCCUUUGACCUUCAGGAGCUCCCAGCCUUCGCUGUCAUUGGGAUUGCCAGUGGCUUUGGAGGUGCCCUCUUUGUGUACUUGAACAGACUGAUAGUGCAGUUCAUUCGGAAGCAGAAAGCCAUCAACAAGUUCCUGAUGAAGAAGCGGCUGCUGUACCCCGCCCUGGUCACUCUGCUGGUGUCCACUUUGACCUUUCCCCCUGGAUUUGGACAGUUCAUGGCUGGGAGGCUAACCCAGAAAGAGUCCCUGGUGACGCUGCUGGACAACCGUACCUGGGCCAAGCAGGGCAUUGCUGAGGAGUUUGACUACAUUGGCCACUCCCAGGCAUGGAAACACCCACAGGUCAACGUCUUUGUCACCCUCGUCCUCUUCAUCGUCAUGAAGUUCUGGAUGUCAGCACUGGCCACUACCAUCCCUGUACCCUGCGGUGCCUUCAUGCCAGUCUUUGUCAUAGGUGCUGCGUUUGGGCGUUUGGUGGGAGAGAGCAUGGCAGCCUGGUUUCCUGAUGGUAUUCACACCGAUGGAAACAUCUAUCCCAUUGUACCGGGCGGGUACGCUGUAGUGGGUGCUGCGGCUCUGUCAGGCGCAGUCACCCACACAGUCUCGACCGCGGUCAUCGUGUUUGAGCUGACCGGUCAGAUCUCCCACAUCCUCCCUGUGAUGAUCGCGGUAAUCCUGGCCAAUGCGGUCGCCCAGAGCCUCCAGCCUUCCCUGUACGACUCCAUCAUUCGCAUCAAGAAACUGCCCUACCUCCCCGAGCUGGGCUGGGGACACCACGAGAAGUACAACAUCCGUGUGGAGGACAUCAUGGUGCGAGACGUGCGCUACAUCACCCUCAACUGCUGCUACAGGGACCUGCAUGACGUGCUGCUGACGGGGAACCUCAAGACCCUGGCACUGGUGGAGUCCGCGGACUCCAUGAUCCUGCUGGGUUCUAUCGAGCGCUCUCAGCUGCAGGCCCUGCUCUCCCAGCAGCUGGGCCGCCCGCGCAGGCUGGAGUACCUGCGGGAGCGCGCCCAGGCCACCAAGAAGCGCCUCUCCACCGUCAGCCAGACCGGCAGCGAGGACACCGUCCAGAAGGUCAACCAGGAGGUCCGCUUCCAGAUCUCCACCGAGGAGUCUUCCUUCAGCCCCACUCGCACUGGCUCCCAGAAGCCCUUGAAGCCUGCGUUGAAGAGACCAUCCGUUGUGGACCGGAUCAGUGUGGAGUCUCCCACCAGCCAGCAUGACAGCUCUGGCAUCGCCUUAAAGAACCUCUUCUGUGCCAACCCCGAGACUGAGGCUGCAGAGGAUGAUCCAGAUGUGGAGGAUGACAUGACGGUCAGAGAGAUUGCUGAGUGGGAGGAGCAACAGCUGGAAGAGCAAGUCAACUUCAACAACUGCAAGAUUGACCCCGCCCCCUUCCAGCUGGUGGAGCGGACGUCACUGCACAAGACCCACACAAUCUUCUCCCUGCUGGGCCUGGACCACGCCUACGUCACCAGCAUCGGAAGGCUCAUCGGGGUCGUGUCUCUGAAAGAGCUGCGAAAGGCAAUCGAGGGCUCGGUAACGGUGAAGGGGGUGAAAGUGCGCCCCCCGCUGGCCAGCUUCCGUGACAGCGGCACCAGUAGCAGCGAGACGGAGGCCACGGAGCUGCACAAACUGUGGGACCGCCACCGGAGCCUGUCACUGCCCGGCGAACACCGCCCCUCCGACUCCGAUGAUAAGUCACUGUGAGCCGGGGGGUGGCAGGACGGGGAAGAAGGGGGGGGACCAGGGUGAUGUGAGGGCCCCCUGCUGAAACCUCAGGGCUUCCACAAGUCUUUAAUUUUGGAAUAUAGCUCCCCUCUCGCCUCUUUAACCACUCCAGCCCUUCCACCCCACCCCGGCCCGCCCCUCCUCCCCAGGGCUGUAUCUGUCUCUGGCCUCUGCACUGACUCCACUUUACUGAACUGGGGAGGAAAUUAACAGGGACUGGGGGGCCAGGACCAGACAUUCUGAAGGAAAUUAUCUAUGUGUAGACAGAACUCUGAGUGCAGAGUGUGUAUCUGUUUGUGUGUAUGCGUGUGUGAGUGAGAGUGUGUGUGUGUAUAGGACUGAAAGGGAUUGAUAUAUUGUAGACAACCUGUCUUGAAUUCUGAGAAAAGGCCUUCGUGGUGAUGAAAAUGUUUUUGUUUUCCACAUUCCCUGCAAGGCAGGAAUGAACACGACAGAAGUGUGGCUUUCUCUUUACACCUGCAGAGUGCUGUUUUAAAACCAGUCUUCCAAAUGCAGGGAUUCAGGACAAGCUUUUUCUCUUUGACGUGUGAUCGCUGUCACACAAUUGAGUCUUACAUUUCGCCAUGGUUCUCUCAUGUAUCUGCUCAUGUUGGUAAACAUGAUCAAGGGUGUCCUGUGUGGAGCCCCCUGCAGGUUGCUCUUAGCAGUCAACCCAUACUACCACCCCUCCCCCCCCUUAACAACACACACACACACACACACACACACACACACACACACACACACCCUCACCAAGGCACUCACCCUCCAAGCCCCAUGAAUAAGCUCUGUGUGCCUAUGCAACAGAGCUAUUUAUAAACAUUUUUAAGGGGAAUAAGAACGAAGGUGAUCUUUUAACACAGCUUGUAGGUGGUAAAUGUAGCUCUCACCAGCCCUGCACACACAUGUGCCCACACACACACAAACCCAGUCUACACGGCACCCAGGACAGGUAUUAGCAUGACAGGCAAACGUUGCUCAGUUAGUCAGGGUGUGCUCGCUGGUCUCCUGGUGUCUGUUAUUGGGCUCUGUCAGCACUGUAGCAACCACUUUAAAUUUCAGAGUGAACAUGCAUGUGUAUAUUUGUGUGUGUGUGUGUGUGUGUGUGUGUGUGUGUGUGUUGUGGUUGUGUGUGGGGUCCAGUUUCAUUUCUUAUCAAUAUUUCUUCUUUUUUUUAUUGGCAACAUUUGUGAUGGAAUAUAUUUUACCUAAUGUCAUCGACUCAGCUGUUUUAAUGUAUUUAUCUAAAACAUCUUAAUUUAUAUCACAAAAUGUUUAAGUAAAUUCCCCAACAAUGAAUUAUUGAAAGAAAUGCACAGGUCUACAUGAGAAAUUUUUGAUUGCUGCUGGGUGGAGGGUGGGGCAUGAUUUUUCGUUUGUGCUUGUGCUUUUUUUCUUUUUGUACCUCUAUUUUGGGCGAUAAUUGGGUGUAAUGCUCCUUCCCGCCUGUGUAGAUACAGUAUUCUCCCUUAUGGCUGCACUGCCGUCGGAUAGAAAGACAGACAGGUCAGCUGAAAGAAUGACUGACAUCAGCACCAUCGAAAACCAGCAGGACUCGAGAGACACAAAUGUUGUUUUGACACUCAUUUCUCUCGUGAGCACAUGGUGAAGCACUCCUCCUUCCUUCCUGGCUUUUGCUAAAGCAUGUUCCUCCGGGCAUGUUGGAAGCACAGUUGGUGUGAAUGUUCUCAGGGUGGGCUGCCUGUUACUGUAUAGAAGCCAUAAUCACAGCCUCAUGCACAUUUCACAUGCCAAGUUCCUGUACUGAGAAGCCAUGUACUCCCUGAUGUGAAACAAACAAAAAAAAAAAAGCCACAAUGAUCAGUAUCCAGCUAUGCAUUCUUCAGCGACAUACUUUCCAAGUGUCUGUCCCCAUUGUGUAAUCCCCUUCUGCCCCCUUGGCUGGUGAGUCUAGCUGCAGCCACUUGAACUCUGUUCUGCAUGUUCACCCCACCCACUAGCAAAAAAAACACUCCAGCCCUCUGUACUCCUGGAUGUGAAGUGCAUGAAAUUAAAUAUUUUUUAUUUUUAUAAAGAGGCCCCCCCAACCCCACCUUUGCCCCAAGUAGUAAAAGUCCACAUACACUUUCUUGCACAUGUACACACCCAUUUACACAUGCCCAUGCAUACACACACUGUCUCCCACGCAUACACUCCAUAUCUAUGCAUGGCUGUUGCGUUUG